AUGGCGCGGCGGGUCAGGCUGCACAGCCCCUCGCACCGGGACCUGCUGCUGCACCGGGCCAGUGAGCUGAGGCAUGUGCGGACCCUGUGUGACGUGUUGGUGCGCGUGGGCCAGCAGGACUUCCCAGCCCACAGCUUGGUGCUGGCCUGCGCCAGCCGCACCCUGGCCCGGCUCCUCCUGCCACAGGGCCCCAGAAAGCUCUGCAAUCUGGACUUCCUUGCGCCUGCCACCUUCAAGCACGCCCUGGACUUUGCCUACACUGGCAGCCUUGAGGUGGCACCUGAGGAGCUCACCAGCCUCCUGGCCACUGCCCGGGACCUGGAGAUGGAAGAGCUGGAGCAGGCGUGCCUCAGGGUGCUGGGGACUGGAGGCCCUGAUGGGACUGGCAUUGGCGACAGGGCUGGUGGCCAUGACUCAGUUGGCGUUGGAGACAGGACUGGUGGCUAUGAUGGGGUUGCCAUUGGUGACAAGACUGGUGGCCAUGGUGGAGUUGGCAAAAGGACUGGUGGCCAUGAUGGAGUUGCCAUUGGCAACAGGACUGAUGGCCCUGACGAAGUGGGCAUUGGCAACAAGACUGGCGGCCAUGAUGGAGUUGGCAUUGGUGAUUGGGCUGGCAGCCAUGACGGGGUUGGCGCCCAAGAUGCGAGGAAGGAGACAGCGGAUGGGAUGUCCCAGAUGAAGUCACCAGGCAACCACGACCUAGUUUUAUUGGCCGAUGGGCCCUGCCUGGGUAGGCCAGACAGUAAGGGGAGCCAAAUCCAAGAUGGCAGCUUGGCACCCAAUUGGGUCCUGUUUGAACAGUCCUCCCUCAAGCCACGGGAAAGCAUCAUCACAGCUACGGCCCAGCCACUGCCUCAGGAGCACCGUGCCCAUCCCUGGCUGCCAGAGGCACUCUGGGGGCCAGAGGGGGUGGUUUCUGGCUACCAGCCCUGCCCACCAUUGCUCAGCUACCAGCUGCAGUCACUGCCUUCGCCCUUGGGCAACCUGGGGCCUGGGCACAUGGCCCUCUCAGCAUCGGUGGGUUUCCAUGGCUACGUCCGACCCUUCCCCUGCGGGCUGGAGAUGGGGAAGCUGGGCACCCCCAGUGGGAUCACAGGCAGAGAGAAGCAACUGGAAGACCAGAGGCUGCUGGCGGUUCCGGCCAAGAGCUCGGGGUACGACCUCUGCCCCCAGCGGGGCCCAGAUACCCAGCACCUCCCACUGCUCUGCCACCCGCGGCCCCAGUCGCUCCCGCUCCCCCGUUUCUGGGCCCAGCGGAGCUGUGACAAGGACCUGCCGCCUCUGAGCAUAGCGUCCCCUGGAGAGCCAGCCACGGCAGCGUCAACCACGCUGUACUUGAUGUACGGCCCACGGUGCCCCCCACGGGUCCCGCCAGCUGGCGCCUGGAGCUACAUCUGCCAGCUGUGCCAGCGACGGUUCCCCAGCCAGACGGCGCUGCGCAGACACAGCCGCAGCCACAUGGGCCAGCGGCUGUUGCAGCGGGAGUUCUGUGCCCGUGGGGUUCAGGCCGAGGCCGGGCGGCGGGGGCCCCGGCGGGCACCCCCAGGCGAGAAGCCCUACGAGUGCAGCGAGUGCAGCAAGCGCUUCACCCUCAAGCACCAGAUGGAGACGCACUAUCGGGUGCACACUGGCGAGAAGCCGUUCCAGUGCAAGCUCUGCCCCCAGCGCUCCCGCGACUACUCUGCCAUGAUCAAGCACCUGCGGACCCAUGGUGGCGCUGCCCCCUAUCGCUGCACCCUGUGCUGCCAGUUCUGCCCCAGCCUGGCCGCCAUGCAGAAGCACAUGAAGGGUCAUUGCCCCGAGGAGCUGCCCUCGGACUGGACGAUCGAGACCACCUACCUCUACUCCUCCUCCACCUCCUCCUGAGCCACCUGUGCUAGUG